AUGACAUCCAACUGCUGUGUCACCAAUAGCUUGCAAACUUCUGUAAAGAGCUGUCCCCGGCCUUUCUCCGUCUGCUCCAGCAGCAUGAGUGGCCGGCCUGAGCUGUGCCUGGGCUAUGUCUGCCAGCCCAUGGCAUGCCUGUCUUCCAUCUGCAUGCCCACCACCUUCCGGCCAGCCAGCGGCUUCUCCAAGACCUACCUGUCCAGCUCCUACCAGCCCAGCAGCUGCCGGCCAGUCAGUGGCAUUGCCAGCUCCAUGGGCACCUGUGGAUGGUUCCGUGAGGGCUCCUUCAAUGGCAAUGAGAAGGAGACCAUGCAGUUCCUGAAUGACCGCCUGGCCAGCUACAUGGAGAAGGUGCGCCAGCUGGAGCGGGAGAAUGCAGAACUAGAGGGCAAGAUCCAAGAGGCCUGCCAGGCCCAGGUGGUCACCCUGUGCCCUGACUACCAGUCUUACUUCAGGACCAUAGAAGAGCUCCAGCAGAAGAUUCUGUGCACCAGGGCAGAGAAUGCCAGGAUGGUCGUGCACAUUGAUAACGCCAAGCUGGCUGCUGACGACUUCCGGACCAAGUACGAGGCAGAGCUGGCCAUGCGGCAGCUGGUAGAGGCCGACAUUAAUGGGCUGCGCAGGAUCUUGGAUGACUUGACCCUGUGCAAAGCUGACCUGGAGGCCCAGGUGGAGUCCCUGAAGGAGGAGCUGCUCUGUCUCAAGAAGAACCAUGAGGAGGAAGUCAGUGCCCUCCGAUGUCAGCUUGGGGACCGCCUUAACAUUGAGGUGGAUGCUGCACCCCCCGUGGACCUGACCAGGGUGCUGGACGAGAUGCGGUGUCAGUAUGAGACCAUGGUGGAGACCAACCGCAGGGACGUGGAGGAAUGGUUCAAUGUGCAGAUGGAGGAGCUCAGCCAGCAGGUGGCCACAAGCUCCGAGCAGCUUCAGAGCUACCAGUCGGAUAUCAUUGACCUGAGACGCACAAUCAACACACUGGAGAUUGAGCUGCAGGCCCAGCACAGCCUGAGGGAUUCUCUGGAAAACACGCUGACAGAGACAGAGGCCCGCUACAGUGCCCAGCUGGCCCAGAUGCAGGGCCUGAUCACCAACGUGGAGGCCCAGCUGGCUGAGAUCCGCUGUGACCUUGAGCGGCAGAACCAGGAGUACCAGGUGCUGCUGGAUGUCCGGGCGCGGCUGGAGGGCGAGAUCGACACGUACCGGGGCCUGCUGGAGAGCGAGGACAGCAAGCUGCCCUGUAAUCCAUGCUCCACGCCUGCCUGUGCCCCCUGUGCGCCCUCCCCAGGUGUGCCCCGCACCGUCUGCGUGCCCCACACUGUGUAUGUGCCCUGCUCGCCCUGCCCCCCGGGUCGCUACUGA